GGGCGGGCGGUCUCGGCCCUCGCAGCCGCGUCGCAUUCCUUCUCGGUUCUUUCUCCUAGUGCCGCUGCUGGAAUGGCGCUGAGCCUGACCGUCAACCCCGGCGAUCUGCCUCUCGGAGCAUUGCUGACUGUAGAACAUGUAAAGGAUCAUGUUAAAAUUUCAGUUGAAGAAGGCAAAGAAACCGGUCUACGGAUAUCUGACCAAGUUACAUUCACUGAUGUGAAUUCUAUAGUUCGUUAUCUGGCUAGAAUUGCCACAUCUGCUGGAUUAUAUGGAUCUAAUUUGCUGGAACAUACUGAGAUUGACCAUUGGAUGGAGUUCAGCACCACAAAACUGUCCACUCCCACUGAGUUUGCUUUAGCCAUCCAAGAGCUCAAUAACUCCCUCUCUCUCAGAACCUAUUUAGUAGGCAACUGUUUGAGCCUUGCAGAUUUCAGUGUUUGGGCAGCAUUAAAAGGCAACAAUAUAUGGCAGGAGCAGUUACCUCAAAAUAAUGGUCCUGUUCAUGUAAAACGCUGGUACAAGUUUCUUGAAGCACAAAAUGGUUUUCAAUCUGUAGAUUCCAAAUGGACUGCGGGAGACACUGUUCGAAAAAUAAAAGUGACAACAGAAAAGAAACAAGAUAUUGGAAAAUUUGUUGAUCUCCCAGGUACAGAGAUGGGGAAAGUCAUUGUUAGAUUUCCUCCUGAAGCAAGUGGCUACUUGCAUAUUGGUCAUGCAAAAGCUGCUUUGUUGAAUCAGCAUUAUCAGGUCACCUUCAAGGGUAAAUUGAUCAUGAGAUUUGAUGAUACGAAUCCAGAGAAAGAAAAAGAAGAUUUUGAAAAGGUCAUCUUGGAAGAUGUUGCAAUGCUUCACAUUAAGCCUGAUCAAUUUACAUAUACCUCUGAUCAUUUUGAAAAAAUAAUGAAAUAUGCUGAGAAACUCAUUCAUGAAGGAAAGGCUUAUGUAGAUGACACACCAGCAGAACAGAUGAAAACAGAGAGAGAACAGAGAAUAGAAUCUAAACACAGGAAUAAUUCUGUUGAGAAGAAUUUUCAAAUGUGGGAGGAAAUGAAAAAAGGAACAGAAUUUGGGCAAACCUGCUGUCUACGAGCAAAAAUUGAUAUGAACAGUAAUAAUGGAUGCAUGAGAGACCCAACUCUUUAUCGUUGUAAAAAUCAGCCACAUCCACGUACUGGAAAUAUAUACAAUAUUUACCCUACGUACGACUUUGCCUGCCCCAUAGUGGACAGUGUAGAAGGUGUUACUCAUGCAUUAAGAACAACAGAAUACCAUGAUAGAGAUGAGCAAUUCUACUGGAUCAUUGAAGCCUUGGGACUAAGGAAACCCUACAUCUGGGAGUACAGCCGUUUAAACCUCAACAAUACUGUGCUUUCUAAAAGAAAGCUCACUUGGUUUGUCAAUGAAGGGCUGGUAGAUGGCUGGGAUGAUCCAAGAUUUCCAACUGUUCGUGGUGUCCUUAGAAGAGGUUUGACAGUAGAAGGAUUGAAACAGUUUAUAGCUGCACAGGGAUCUUCAAGAUCAGUUGUAAACAUGGAAUGGGAUAAAAUUUGGUCAUUUAACAAAAAGCUGCGAGCUAUCUGUAAGAAGGUUAUAGAUCCAGUGGCACCUCGGUUCACUGCAUUGCUGAAGGAUGAAAUAGUCACCGUAAAUAUUCCUGAGGCUCAAGAAGAGAUGAAAGAAGUGGCCAAACAUCCAAAGAAUGCUGAAGUUGGCUUGAAGCCUAUAUGGUAUAGUCCCAAAGUACUGAUUGACGGAGCAGAUGCAGAGACAUUGACAGAAGGAGAAAUGGUUACAUUUAUUAACUGGGGCAACAUAAUCAUCACCAAAAUACACAAGAACCUCACUGGGAAAAUUACAUCUAUGGAUGCUAAAUUAAAUUUGGAGAAUAAGGAUUACAAAAAAACUAGUAAAAUCACCUGGCUAGCAGAAACAUCUUCUGCUUCUCUUACUCCAACAAUUUGUGUGAACUAUGAACACUUGAUCACCAAGCCUGUCUUAGGCAAGGAGGAAGACUUCAAACAGUACAUCAACAGAAAUAGCAAACAAGAAGAACUGAUGUUAGGUGAUCCUUGCCUAAAAGAUUUGAAAAAAGGAGACAUCAUUCAGCUUCAGAGAAGAGGCUUUUAUAUUUGUGAUCAACCAUAUGAGCCUAUUAGUCCAUAUAGCUGUAAAGAAGCUCCAUGCAUUUUGAUUUAUAUUCCUGAUGGGCAUACAAAAGAAAUGCCAACAUCUGGCUCAAAGGAAAAGACCAAGUCAGAAACAGCAAAGAAAGAGGUUGGUACUACAACGAAAGGUCAUUCUCCUUCACUUGGGGCUGAUGUUUCUCCUACUUCAGUUUCCGCUUCAGCCCAGGAUCCCUUAGCUCUUUACAGGAGGGUGUCUGCUCAGGGUGAUGUAGUCCGUGAUUUGAAACAGAAGAAAGCAGCAAAGGAGGACAUUGAUGCUGCUGUGAAACAACUCUUGGCUCUGAAAGCAGAAUACAAGGAGAAGAUUGGUCAAGACUACAAGCCGGGAAAUCCUCCAGUUGCAGCAGUUCCCAUCCAGUCGUCCAAAUGUGAGGUUGUCGCCGUUACCAAUGUAGACAGCAAAACUCUUUAUGAUAAUGUAGCUGAGCAAGGAGAAGUGGUCCGAAAACUUAAAGCAGAAAAAGCUUCCAAGGAUCAUAUUGAUGCUGCAGUAAAAAUGCUUCUUGCUCUAAAGGCAGAAUAUAAACAAAAGACAGGUCAAGAUUAUAAGCCUGGACAUCCACCAGCAGCUCCUCUUCCUCCUUCCUCCUUGUCUUAUGCUUCUGAUUCUACUUCUUUAACUAUGUAUGGUUUGACAUCUUCUAGCCAAAUAGAUGAAAGAGCUCUAUAUAGUAAAGUAGCUGAACAAGGCGAGGUAGUGAGGAGACUCAAAGCAGAAAAGGUUUCCAAGGAUCAUAUUGAUGCUGCAGUAAAAAUGCUUCUUGCUCUAAAGGCAGAAUAUAAACAAAAGACAGGUCAAGAUUAUAAACCUGGACAUCCACCAGCAGCUCCUCUUCCUCCUUCCUCCUUGUCUUAUGCUUCUGAUUCUACUUCUUUAACUAUGAAUGGUUUGACAUCUUCUAGCCAAAUAGAUGAAAGAGCUCUAUAUAGUAAAGUAGCUGAACAAGGCGAGGUAGUGAGGAGACUCAAAGCAGAAAAGGUUUCCAAGGAUAAAGUGGAUGAAGCUGUCAAACUGCUCCUUUCCUUAAAAACAGAAUAUAAAGAAAAGACUGGCCAGGACUAUAAACCAGGACAGUCAGCUUCAUCUCAGACAUCUGACUUAAAGCACCCAAAAAGCACAGAAACCAGUAGUCCUGGCUCUCCAGAAGCACAAGUUCUCUUUAACAAGGUUGCUCUCCAAGGAGAAGAGGUUCGGAAGUUAAAAUCGGAGAAGGCAGAAAAGGAUAAAAUUGAUACUGCAGUACAAAAACUACUUCAGCUGAAAGCUCAGUACAAGCUGUUAACAGGAGUGGACUACAAACCAGUUUCUACAACUGGUGCAGAAGAUAAAGACAAGAAGAAAAAGGAGAAGGAGAACAAAUCUGAAAAGCAAAAUAAGCAACAAAAACAGAAUGAGGGACAGAAGAAAGGAAUGCAGAAAGACCAAGGAAGUAAUUACAAUCUGUCUUCUGAUGGACCAGGGGAUGGUCAAGGACCUAAAAAACAAACAAGAUUGGGUCUAGAAGCUAAGAAGGAAGAAAAUCUAGCUGAAUGGUAUUCUCAGGUAAUUACUAAAUCAGAGAUGAUUGAAUACUAUGAUGUCAGUGGCUGCUACAUUCUCCGUCCAUGGGCUUUUUCAGUAUGGGAAGCUAUCAAGGACUUUUUUGAUAGUGAAAUAAAGAAACUUGGAGUGGAAAACUGCUACUUCCCUAUGUUUGUAUCUCAAGCUGCAUUGGAAAAAGAGAAGACGCACAUUGCAGAUUUUGCUCCAGAGGUUGCCUGGGUUACCAAGUCUGGCAAAACAGAACUGGCAGAACCAAUUGCUGUACGUCCUACUAGUGAAACAGUAAUGUAUCCUGCAUAUGCAAAAUGGAUUCAGUCCCACAGAGAUCUUCCAAUCAAGCUUAAUCAGUGGUGCAAUGUUGUACGCUGGGAAUUCAAGCAUCCACAACCAUUUUUGCGUACUCGUGAAUUCCUUUGGCAAGAAGGACACACGGCAUUCUCUACUUACGAAGAAGCAGCUGAAGAGGUAUUGCAGAUUCUUGAUCUAUAUGCUCGCGUAUAUGAAGAACUUCUUGCAAUUCCUGUUGUGAAAGGAAGAAAGACAGAAAAAGAAAAGUUUGCAGGUGGCGACUACACCACAACAAUUGAGGCAUUUAUAUCCGCAAAUGGGCGAGCUAUCCAGGGAGCAACAUCUCAUCACUUGGGACAGAAUUUUUCAAAGAUGUUUGAGAUUGUCUUUGAAGAUCCCAGAAUACCAGGAGAGAAACAAUUUGCUUAUCAAAAUUCUUGGGGCAUUACAACGCGUACCAUUGGUGUUAUGACCAUGAUUCAUGGAGAUAACAUGGGUUUGGUGCUGCCACCUAGAGUAGCAUGUUUUCAGGUGGUGAUUAUUCCUUGUGGUAUCACUAAUUCCCUUUUGGAAGAAGAGAAGGAGGCUUUACUGACAAAAUGCAAUGAAUAUUGUAAGAGAUUGCACAUUGCUAAUAUCCGUGUGCGAACUGACUUGAGAGAAAACUAUUCACCUGGCUGGAAAUUCAACCACUGGGAGCUGAAGGGAGUUCCAAUCAGGCUUGAAGUGGGACCACGUGAUAUGAAGAAUCAUCAGUUUGUAGCUGUUAGAAGGGACACAGGAGAAAAAUUGACCUUUUCUGAAAAUGAAGCAGUGAACCAGCUCAGCCGUAUUCUGGAAGAAAUCCAUCUUAAUCUUUAUAACAGAGCUGCUGAAGAUCUUAAGAGUCAUAUGGUGGUGGCCAAUUCCAUGGAAGAGUUUCAGAAAGAGCUUGAUUCUGGAAAGAUAGUGCAGAUUCCUUUCUGUGGAGAACUAGAAUGUGAGGAUUGGAUCAAAAAAACAACUGCCAGAGAUCAAGAUCUUGAACCUGGCGCUCCAUCCAUGGGAGCAAAAAGUCUCUGCAUCCCCUUUAAACCACUUUGUGAGCUGCAGAAUGGAGCAAGAUGUGUUUGUGACAAGAACCCUGCAAAGUUUUACACUCUCUUUGGACGCAGUUAUUAAAUUACUGUUGGAAAUGAUAGUUUCCUUAUAUUUCAACUCAACUUUUUAAAUUAAAGACUGAGAUGUUUCCUGAUACUAUCCAGGUUUUUGUUGUUACUUUUUAAAAAUAGCAACUAACAAAGCCAUAGAGAGUCAUAUCCUUUCAGUGCAACUUGCAGUAUUGCAUAAACCUUUCUGUAUACAGUAUCUCUAUAAUAAAUAAGUAUUGUCAUCUA